AGAGUUCAAUUUCAAGUGAAUCUGGAUUAACCCAUGGAUAUACGGGUCCUCUCACAAAAAUAGUACGGCACAAUCAGGUUCCGGUUUGUUCCACAAUUUCAGCCGUGUGAUGAGCUUCCGCUGAGAAUUCAAAUUCGGUAGUUAAUUAUGAUCUCUUUUACCUGCACAGUCUCGACAAGGUCGUAUUGUUCGAGUAUCUUUGUAUGAUGGACAAGUAUGGUUUGAAGCGGCCUCCUCUAUCUCCACUGUCACCGUCGUCUAUACAACGAGGACAAAGGAGGCGUAUUCCUGCUAAUGAGUCUAGCGAUGGGUAUGGAAGCCGGGUUUGCAAAGAGAAUCAACACCCAAAUCUAACUGCACAAAAAAGUACUCCUGGAGACAGCGUUCUCACGGUGGAAAAUGAGUACAACUUUGUCAGAGAAGGUUGCCUUUCUCAUGAAUCAAGAAAUGGAAAGAAUAGCAGUCACAGCAAACCAUGUGCGAGCCUGAGUGGUACUACUCAGGAUUUUUGCACUCCUUUGCAAAGGAGGUUGCGUGAUGUUGAUUUAUCUGCUGUAACCCAUCGAACACCUCUGGCCAGGCUUAUCGAGAUGCAGUCAAGUAAGCAAACCAGGACUGGCCGUUUUCAACUCCCCGCUUCUAACAUCUUGCCACGCUCAGUGCAUGAUCCAAAGGCAAGUGCACAGCACCUCCGCAACCACGUUCAUCAGAGUAUUCGCAAUGAUGCUUCAAGGACAAUAAGCCUAAUUCAUAAUCACAGCAUUGACAGUACUUCAAAAAGGAAAGCGCAUAAUGGCGUUGAUUCGAGGUCUCAAAGUGGUAAGGAUGACGAUGUAACAGUGAUUGUUCCCGAGCCAGGACAGCUAGAAUGGUUUCAGAGUGACUCACAACGUGGAGUCAGGAAUCUGAUGGAGUCCUUCAACUCAGCAUGUACAACCGAAGCCGGAACAUCAGCCACACCAGGAGCUCCACCUAUGACUGGCAACAAUUCAUCACAAACAGAAGAAGGCGGAACAUCAGCAAGAUUGGAUGAAAACUUCGAUGGAGCCGAAGGUGAUGAAGCGGUCCAGGAUGAAGAUUGUAGAGGACACUAUGUGCACGAUGACCUGAGUGAUACUAAAGAAGCUAAACCAGAUCUGUGGGAUGGGUAUAUGGAUCUUGGACCACCAACCAGUGUCUGCCGCAAGUGCAAUUCUAUCAUGUGGAACGAGGAGCGUAAUAACAAAAGCCGGCGCAAUAGUGAGCCUACAUUUUCGCUGUGCUGUAGAGAUUUACAUCCAUUUUCUUCCAGUUUACAUCCAUUGUACGGAAGAUUGACAAAAAAAUAAACAAUGGAAAGGGACCAUUCUGCUUCAAGCUUAAUGGCCAGAAUCACCAUUUUCUUGGGACACUCAUACCAACAGAGGGUCAAAGUCCAAAGUUCUGCCAGCUAUACAUAUACGAUACUGAGAAUGAGGUUCAGAAUUGCAUUGAUGCAGUCAACGACACUGAAGAGGAUGGUUGAAAUUUCAGCCACUAAGAUGAUCUCAAACAAGCUCAAGAAUCAAACAAGUACCGAGUUUCCUGAAGAAAUUAGAGCUAUAACAGGCAAAGAGCUCAGGCUUAAGUUGCUUAUCAGUGAAGAUAAUGUUAAGGUGAAUAGCAGACUGUUUUUUGCUGUGGACGCCGUUGAUGCAGAUGCUCCUGUCUCUGCUAUUUGCUCGGUGUCGGGUACAUCGAGCACACCGUCCUCUAUUACCAAUAGUUCUGCCGUGAAACAUUUAGAAGAGACUGAGACACCAUCAACCUCAAAAUCUUCUACCAAGAGGGUGAAAGUGGAACUGUGAGUUCCACUGCUGCUAAUAAAAGGUGGAUCCAUUUGCUGCGUCCCACGCUUUGCAUGAGAAGCUCUCCCUUGGAUCCUCCCAUUUCGUUGCUGCUAUCCAGUUUCUAUUAUUAUUCUCUGCGCAAUGGAUAUUGUUAAACUUAGUUGUGUUUGUCUAAGGAUUUCUAUUUUUUAUUGGUGUUUCUCUAAGGAUUUCUAUUACUUAUUGGUGUUUGCUUAAGGAUUUAUAUUAUUGUUAAUAAGUUCCAUUUGCAAUAAGUCUUUGUAUACAAUGUUUUUACGAGAUAGAGCUUUCUCCAUUAGAAAGAAGUGAUAUAAUAAUGCUGGAGGCCAUUACCUUCUUCUCGA